UUUGUAGAGAGUACAAGACUUGUAGAAAUGAAAAGGAGCUGUGCGUAAUGGUAUCUACCUCCAGACUCCAGUUCCAGCACCAGUUUGAGGAGGAUGUGAAUCUCUCUUUCCCACAACCAGAAAGAACAAAACAAAUGGGAGAGAGUGCGUGAAAACUGAAAAAGAGCUGCCUGUUCCUGGGUUUCUCUGCUAAUCUCCAAUUUGAAUUACAAUAACUCUCAGCAGUUAAUAUUUCUAAAGAAUUAAAAAAAAAGGGGAGGAAAUCAAAGAGAAGAGAAGAGAAGAGAUGGGGGAAUCGGAAUCGGCAAAGAAACUGGAGGAAGAAGUAGGAAGAGUGGUGGAGCAGGCGAAGGAGCUUCAGGACUCCGCAUCGUCUUUCAUUUCUAAGGCCUCCUCCGACGACCAAUCUCUCCGUAACCGUGUCGUUUCCCUCGACUCUUCCAUUCGUCGCCUCCGCUCCCUCCUCUCUCAUAACCACCACCUUCUCGAUCCCAAGUUAGUAGACAAGCUCGAAGAAGAUUUACAGAGAGCAAGGUGUAUCAUGGUUGAUGGAGACGCCGCUUCUUUCCUUCCUCCCAAAACUCAAGGGAGAUUUUUGAAGAUGUUUCUGGGUCCUAUAAAUGUUCGUGCCUCUCAAAAAGACGUUCAAUUAAAGGUUAAAGAGGAGUACAACAGUUACAGAGAUAGAACUGCCCUUCUGUUUCUCCUUUUCCCAUCAGUGCUUCUUAUUUUGAGGUCUUGGAUUUGGGAUGGAUGCUUGCCAGCUUUUCCCGUUCAGCUGUACCAGGCUUGGCUUUUGUUCCUCUACACUGGCUUGGCAUUGCGAGAAAACAUUUUGAGAGUGAACGGAAGCGAUAUUCGUCCAUGGUGGAUUUAUCAUCACUAUUGUGCUAUGCUUAUGGCCCUGGUUAGUCUCACCUGGGAGAUUAAAGGACAACCAAAUUGCGCCCGAAAGCAGAGAGGGGUUCAACUUUUCCUACAAUGGGCUAUGAUGCAAGGGGUUGCGAUGCUUUUACAAAAUAGAUAUCAACGCCAGAGACUCUAUACUCGUAUUGCAUUGGGAAAGGCUAAGAGGAUGGAUGUUGUCUGGGGAGAAACGGCCGGUGUGGAUGGCCAACUGUGGUUGUUGUGUCCCAUUCUUUUCAUUUUGCAGGGUUUUGAGGCAUAUGUUGGACUACUGUUACUCAAGACUGCAUUCAUUGGGGUUGUUUCUGAAUGGCAGGUAUUUUUUUGUGGGAUCCUUCUAGUUUUAAUGGCUGUUGGGAAUUUUACAAAUACAGUACAGACACUAAUGGCGAAGUCAAGGUUUAAGGCAAAGAUGAAAAGAAGUAAGAGCAAGCAGGAACUGUAACAGAUCAUCCCUAAUUAUCUUCUUCUUCCUAAAGCUUUUUGUAGGAUUCCAUUUUUGUAAUGCUUUUCUUGGUCUCAAUCCCAAACAUGCUUCUUGAAGCUAAGGCUGUAAAAAAUUGCUUCAUAAAUCUUCGUUUUAACUUCCCAUUAACCUAUAUAUGACGUAGCAUUGAUUUUUUUUUUUU